AUGACCAAUGCGGAUGGCUUUGUUGUACCUAAACCGGAAGCACAAUGGAAUGAAGAAGAUGAGAAAAAGUACAGCUACGAUUAUAAAGCUAGAAAUAUGCUCAUUGCCGCUUUAGGUGUUGAUGAGGAUUGGCUACCAAAAGUCACAGCGAUCAAGGAAGCCAAUGACUUAAGAACACUGGACAUGAUGACAUUGUUCGGUAAGCUUCAAGAGCAUGAGCAAGAGCUCAUGAAUAUUGAAAAACAUGAGAAGAAUCAAAAGAAGGAGAAAGACAAGAACAUCAAAAGGAAGUCUAUUGCGUUAAAGGCUUCAACAUAUAAGUCAUCCACCAAUGAUGUGUGUGAAAGUGAGUCAAGUGAUGAUGACAAAGAUUCGAAUGAAGACAUGGGGUUGUUCGUUAGGAGUACUCUACACAACGAGGCCAAGGAAGCUUUUAAACGCUUGACCUCUAAUAAGAAAAUUUUCAACCAUUUAGAAAAGAAGAUUUCUGAUUCCAAAAAGGAAUUAGAAACCCUUAAGAAAUCUAUGGUAGAGGCUACUAAAGGCAAAAAGGAAGACGAUAAGGGAUUUUGGUUUAGAUGGGGUGGAUAUAUUGAGGAUGGUGAUGAUGAUGAUGAUGAUGAAGAUGAAGAAUUUGAAGAAGAGAAAGAAAAUAACGAAGUCCACUCUCAACCAAUGGAGCAUGACCAUCAAGUCACUGACCAUGGUGAUUGGCUUGGUCCUAUUCCCGGACAACAUCUGUCCAAUAAUCAAGGAUGGGGUGAAUGGCAACACAUAGGAUGGACCAACAAUCGUUCAUCCUAUAUGCCCACACCCUCUUCUCCAUCCGAAAACUCUGAAGUAAUGGAAAUGUUAAGAACCAUGCAAAUCCAGCAGCAAAACUUCGCUACACUUCAAGACGAGAGGUUCGCAGCCUUGCAGGAACAAAGUCAGAGUCAAGGUGACAAUUUUGCAUCCUUUGCCUCCAUCCAAGAGGAACGUUAUGUGGAACUAAGGAGCCAAAUCUAA